GGAGUCCCGGGCGGACGGAGGCGGCGGGGAGCGGCGCGGCCAUGAGGAGGGUGAGCAGCAGCGUGUGCAGCGAUGAGGUGCUGCUGGAGGAGCUGGAGACGGAGGGGGAGAGGCAGCUGAAGAGCCUCCUGCAGCAGCAGCUCGACACUUCCGCCUCCAUCGAGCGGUGUAAGUCCAAGCGGCGGUGCUUUGCUCCGGCGGCGUUCUACAGACCGUUCGGGGAGGCGGCGGCGGGCGCGCUGACCUUAUCGCAGUUCCGAGAGCUGCAGGAAAGCGACAGGGAGACCGCGGCGCUGCGGGAGUUGGGGCUGUCGGACCCCGAGAUCGACCUAUGGAGGAACCGCGCUGCGGGGAAGCAGUCCGGGCUGGGAGCGGCCCCCGAAGCCACUCGGGAGCGCCUCAAUGCCAUCCAGCAGAAGAUGGACGAGCGGCAGCGCAUCCUGGAGCUGCCGCAGAGGUUUGCAGGCAGCAAACAGCUGAGCCGCAGGGAGAUGGAGAUCGAGAACGCGCUCUUCCAGGGCACGGACCGCCACUCCUUCCUGCGGGCGCUGUACCACCAAGAUGACACCCAAAGGAUAACAGAUGAGAAGGACCCCAUGGUUCACCUGGAGAGCGUUUACCAAGAGGUGCUGGGCAGGCAGCCACCUGGAGAGGUGCAACCAACCACAAGUGCUGCGUGCUCGCCGCCUGCCCCCGCCCUGCAGGGCUCUGUCACUGAGGAGUCAUCACCUCCUGACCAGGAAGAGCAGCCAGGCCAGGCAGGAAUCCCCAGCCCUCCCCCAGCAAAGCCCCACCAGUCCCCUGCAGGGCCUGUGACCAUAAAGGAGCCCGUGGAGUUCAUCCCGGAGGAGGAGAUCCGCAAGAGCCGGCUCUCUGAGGAGGAACUCCGCAGUAUACCUCGGUUUUCUUCCUACCAUCCUGGGGAGCCCAACAAGGUGCUGUACGUGAAGAACUUGGGCCCUCGUGUGACGAUGAAGGACCUGGUGUCCCUGUUUGCUCGGUUCCAGCAGGACAGCACGCCCAUCCAGUUCCGCCUGCUGAGCGGCCGCAUGCGGGGCCAGGCCUUCAUCACCUUCCCUGAUAUUCAGUCGGCCCAGGAUGCGAUGCUCCUGGUGAAUGGGUACAGACUGCAGGGGAAGCCAAUGGUGAUUGAAUUUGGGAAAAGCAAGGGGCCAUCAGCAGAGGCUGAAGCUGCUGCUCCCUCCUGCUCUGCUGGAGCACUGCCCACUGCCACGUAAGGACUUGAACAGGCCCUGAGAUCGCCUUGCUGGACUGGUGGGAGCUCAAGUGCAGCUGUGUGCACCCGGGUGGCAGGGUGAGGGCAGUGCUGAGGAAGCACAGCUCUCCUCUGGCCUGCUGGCACACGAGGACCUGCAGGAGGGCUGGUGCUGUGUGCUCUUCGUGUGCUGUUCUGACACGGCUUUGGAGUGCUGCACCUGUCUGCAUCCUCAGCCCUUCGUGGCAAGGAAGAGGAGGGGAAGCUGUGUAAAUAGAUGUUUAUAUCGUGUA